GACCGGAAGCGGCUGCGGUUUUCAGCCGCGGUUUGAUAGUUGUUGUCAAGAGGAUCUCAGUGCCUUUGCCGGAGGGAUGUGGAGGUGAUGGGGACCCGGGGAGGGUUUCUUGGAGUCUCUGAGGAGCCGCUGGGUCAGACCCCGUAGUGAAGGCUACAGGAUCUUCCUUCUGGCCCCAGGAGCUCUGGUUGAAUCCACAGGUGCCCACCUAUUCUUGGGCUCCUGGGAAGAUCAGAAUUGUCCACAAGAGAGCCUGAGAGCUGAGGCCCCGCGUGACCAUGCCUGCCGAUCAGAGCUCUCCUGGGCCAUCUGUGGCCCUGACUACAGAGGGACCUGACAGCUCCUGUGAGGUCUCAGUGUCCUUUGAAGAUGUGACCGUGGACUUCAGCAGGGAGGAGUGGCAGCAGCUGGACUCCACUCAGAGGCGCCUGUAUCAGGAUGUGAUGCUGGAGAACUACAGCCAUCUGCUCUCACUGGGGUAUGAAGUUCCCAAACCAGAGGUCAUCUUCAGGUUGGAGCAAGGAGAGGAGCCAUGGAUGUCGGAGGGAGAAACCCCACAUCAGAGCUGCUCAGAUGGGAAGUUUGGGAUUAAGACCUCACAAAAAAGAAUUUCUGGAAAAGUUUCAUUUCAUAGUGAAAUGGAGGGUGAAGAUACAAGGGAUGAUUCAUUGUAUUCCAUUUUAGAAGAACUGUGGCAAGAUGCUGAACAGAUAAAGAGCUAUCAGGGAAACCAGAAUCCUGCUGCUUUCAUCAAUAAGAAAAUAUUGAAUACAGAGUGGGAUUAUGAAUAUAAAGACAGUGGAAAAUUUGUUCAUCCAGGCCCAAAUCGUAUUCCUUCACAGAAAAGUCCUCAUAAACGUGACUCAUUUGGAAAGAGUUUAAAGCAUAAUUUAGACUUACAUAUUCAUAGUAAAAACAGUGCAGCAAAGAACUUCGAUAAGAUUAUUGGACAUGGUCAGGUUUUCACCCAGAGCUCUUCUUAUACUAACCAUGAAAAUACGCAUACAGGAGUGAAAUUCUGUGACAGCAAUCAGCAUGGAAAAGUCUUCAGCCUCAAACAAGCACUCAGUCACAAUCUGAAAUUUCCUGUUGGGGAGAAAGCAAAUAUGUGUACUGAAUUUGGGAAGAUCUUCACCCAGAGGUCACACCUCUUCCCACCUCAGAGAAUUCAUUCUAUGGAAAAACCUCAUGAGCUUAGCAAAUGUGUAAAUGUUUUUACACAGAAGCCACUACUCAGUAUAUAUUUGAGAGUUCAUAGAGACGAAAAGCUCUAUAUAUGUUCUGAAUGUGGGAAGGCGUUCAUCCAGAAUUCAGAAUUAAUUUUGCAUGAGAAAAUGCAUACUAGAGAAAAACCCUAUAAAUGCAGUGAAUGUGGAAAAUCAUUUUUCCAAGUGUCAUCUCUACUGAGGCAUCAGACAACCCAUACUGGAGAAAAACUUUAUGAGUGCAGUGAAUGUGGGAAAGGCUUCUCCCUGAACUCAGCCCUCAAUGUACAUCAGAAAAUUCAUACUGGAGAGAGACACCACAAGUGCAGUGAGUGUGGGAAAGCCUUUACCCAAAAAUCAACACUCAGAAUGCAUCAGAGAAUUCAUACAGGAGAGAGAUCCUAUGUAUGUACUGAAUGUGGGCAGGCCUUCAUCCAAAAGGCACACUUGAUUGCACAUCAAAGAAUUCAUACUGGAGAGAAGCCUUAUGAAUGCAGUGACUGUGGGAAGUCUUUCCCUUCUAAAUCACAACUCCAGAUGCAUAAGCGAAUUCACACAGGAGAAAAACCCUAUAUAUGCACUGACUGUGGGAAGGCCUUCACCAAUAGGUCAAAUCUCAAUACUCACCAGAAAUCUCAUACUGGAGAGAAGUCUUAUAUAUGUGCUGAAUGUGGGAAGGCCUUCACGGACAGGUCAAAUUUCAAUAAACACCAGACAAUUCAUACUGGAGAGAAACCCUAUGUUUGUGCUGAUUGUGGAAGGGCCUUCAUCCAGAAGUCAGAGUUAAUUACACAUCAGAGAAUUCAUACCACAGAGAAGCCUUAUAAAUGUUCUGACUGUGAGAAAUCCUUCUCCAAGAAACCACAUCUCAAAGUACAUCAACGAAUUCACACAGGAGAGAAACCAUAUAUAUGUGCAGAAUGUGGGAAAGCCUUCACUGACAGAUCAAAUUUCAAUAAACACCAGACAAUUCAUACUGGAGAUAAACCCUAUAAAUGUAGUGACUGUGGAAAGGGCUUCACUCAGAAAUCAGUUCUGAGUAUGCAUCGCAGUAUUCAUACAUGAAAGUAACCCUGUUUCUUGAAAAUGAGAAAGCCUUUAUCAUAGCAUUCAGGUCUAAGUGUGUUUUAUAAAAUUCAACCAAGAUCCUAUAUGAAUACCUUGCAUAAUAAAAAGCAUUCAUCAAGCUCUCUCACCUGAGAUGAGAAAAAUUACUCUAAGAAUGCACUGAAUGAAGGGGAAUUUCCAUAUUUGCCCAGACUCACAAAAUAUAAUAGAAUUCAUACUGGAAAAUCAGCUUGAUGCAUUAGGAAAAACCUUCCUGUAGAAAGUAUUAUAAGGCACCAUUACCCAAUUCGUUAUACAUGGAGUGUGCAAAACUAUAUAAAUGACAGUAAUGUUUACUGUAUUAUAUUAAGCAAUUUAAAAUGUCAACAAAAUGAAAGAUAGGACAACAAAAUAUGUUGAUGUGUAGACCUGCUCUCAGUUCUGUGGGGUGUUUUUGUAGCAGAAAACAUUACACAAUGGAAGGAAUAAUUGAAUUGAAUUUUUUUAAAUUUAAUAUAAUCGUGUCUAUCGAAUAUGUUUCCUGCUGAAUAUUUCUCUCACAUGAAUCCAUAAAGUCAUUAUAGUUUUUUUCAUUAUGGUUUUAUAUAUACACAAAUCUGCAAAUACAAUUUUACACGAGCACAUAAAUAUAAUCCUGUCAUUCAUAUUGGUUUCCAUGACAUCAUGUUUUUAUCUUCUUUCAUUGUGGUACAAUGCAAAAUAGCCACAGAUCUCUCCCAUCCUUUUAUGCACACUCCUUUAUAGUGUUACUCUUAUUUCUCUUGUUAAGAGGUAGGGCUGUCUCUGUCUACUCCUUGACUCUGAGCUUGGCCAUGUGACUCGCUUUGGCCAAUGUACAUUAGCAAAGAGAUUCAAGAAGAUGCUGGAGAAGUGUGAAAAGCCUGCUUUGAGGCUUACCCUCUCCUGCUGCCCUUUGGAAUUCUCAAACUUUCAUGUGAAGAAGCUCAGAUUACUGAAGAAUGAGAAACCACAUGGAGCAGAGAUGAGCCAGCCCACCCCAGGCUCCUUAGACCAAAUGCCAGACAUGGGAGUGAGGCCUUCCUUGACCUCUAACCCCAGCCACAGCAAAAGAGCCACACCAGUUAUCCCAGCCAAUGAAUUACGAGGUAAAUAAAAUGAUUACUGUUUUAAGCGUCUAAGUUUUGGGGUAGUCUGCUGCACAGCAAAUGCUGAGUAGUACCUAAAAUUGUACGCAUACUGGGGGUAUUGUAUCAAAACAUAAGACACGGCAUUAUUAGCUUUGGGCCUGGGUGAAAGGUGGAGGCUGGAAAAACAAUGAAGAAAAUUGUUAAGAAAGGCUGGAAAAGACGGCAGUUUAUGUUGUUUAGUAAGGAAAAGAUAGCAAAACAGUCACCAUGCUCUGUGGAAAGACUGAGGAUGUACCAAAUGAACUUGUGGAUCUGGCUAAAGAGAUUUCCAACAGAAUGCUGGAAGUAUCAGUUUGCUCAUUUUAGCUGCAUAUGAUAAGGUACAGAAAGAAAAAUAUGAACUCAGUAAACAACAUCCAUUUGCAAGCAGAAUUAAGAAGAAAU